GACGUUCGCUGGCAGCAGUUGGAGAUGGAGAGCAGCUCUCUGAGACUUUCAGGGUGACUCCUCUCAGGCGAGCUGGAGUCUGUCAGUGACAUCGUCAGCAGGUGACACCCUUCCCAUGGUGCCCUGCAGCAUCCGGGGUUGCCAUGGGAGACGAGUCGUACCCAGAAUGCCGAGCUCAGGAGCUGUUUGAUGAGUUUGUGUCGUCGUCGACCUGCAGGGCGGCGCUGGGGUCCUUCAGCCAGCUGUGUGAACAUCUGCAGCUGGACCGGAGCGGCGGUGGCGGCGAGAGGCCGCUGUACCGAGCCAUCAAACACCGCCUCAACUACUGGAGGGCCAACGCACUGUGGGCCAAACUGGACCGGAGGGCGGCCCAACAGGAGUACCAGAAGGCCAGAGUCUGCAACAACAUCACCUGUGUGAUAAUCGGGGCGGGGCCCUGCGGUCUGAGGGCGGCGGUGGAGCUGAGCUUCAUGGGAGCUCGAGUGGUGCUGCUGGAGAAGAGAGACUCGUUCUCCAGGAACAACGUGCUCCACCUGUGGCCUUACACCAUCCACGACCUGCGGGGCCUCGGGGCCAAAAAGUUCUACGGAAAGUUCUGCGCCGGCUCCAUCGACCACAUAAGUAUCCGUCAGCUGCAGCUGGUCCUGCUAAAGGUCGCCUUACUGCUGGGGGUCGAAGUCCAUGUCAAUGUGGAGUUUAAAAACCUGGUGGAGCCGCCAGAAGACCAGCAGAGACACAAGGUGGGCUGGAGGAUGGCGGUGAAACCAAAGUCUCAUCCCGUCAAUCAGCUGGAGUUUGAUGUCAUCAUUGGAGCAGAUGGACGCAGGAACACACUGCCAGGGUUCCGGCGUAAAGAGUUCAGAGGGAAGUUGGCGAUCGCCAUCACAGCAAACUUUAAGAACCGAAACACCACGGCUGAGGCCAAAGUGGAGGAGAUCAGCGGAGUGGCUUCUAUCUUCAACCAGAGGUUCUUCCAGGAACUACGACAGGAAACAGGUAUCGACCUGGAGAACAUCGUUUACUAUAAAGACGAUACGCACUACUUCGUAAUGACGGCAAAGAAACAGAGUCUGUUGGAGAAAGGAGUCAUUAUACAGGACUUCGCAGACACUGCGCUGCUUCUCUCUCGAGGGAACGUGGACCAGAAUGCAUUGCAGAUGUACGCCCGCGAGGCUGCUGAUUUCUCCACCAAUCACCAGCUGCCGUCGCUGGACUUCGCCAUGAAUCACUACGGUCAGCCGGACGUCGCCAUGUUCGACUUCACCUGCAUGUACGCAUCGGAGAACGCCGCCUUGGUUCGCCAACGCCGCGGACACCAGCUGCUGGUCACACUGGUGGGAGACAGUCUGCUGGAGCCCUUCUGGCCUAUGGGAACAGGAAUAGCUCGAGGUUUUCUGGCCGCUCUCGAUUCUUGUUGGAUGGUUCUCAGUUGGUCUCAGGGAGGAGCUCCACUGGAUGUCCUUGCUCAGAGAGAGAGUGUGUACCGUCUCCUCCCUCAGACGACUCCAGAGAACCUGCAGAAGAACUUCAGUCUGUUUACAGUCGACCCGACAACCAGAUACCUGAACAUCAACAGACUGCUGGUCACACCUGCUCAGGUGAGACACCUGGUGGACACAGGAGAGGAGGCGGGGCUAAACACAGACUGUGGUGACAUCAAACGUCUACCGUCGCACAGAUUCCUCCGACAAGAUUCUUUCUCUCAGUCCAAUAAGCUGUUGUCUUGGUGUCAGGAGCAGACUCGUGGUUACCGUGGCGUUGCCGUUAGCGACCUAACUACUUCCUGGAAGAGUGGCCUCGCUCUCUGUGCUCUGAUUCAUCGAUAUCGACCCGACCUCAUAGACUUUGACUCUCUGGACGAGGCGUCGGUGGAAGAAAACACUCGUCUGGGCUUCGACGUUGCUGAACGAGAGUUCGGGAUUUCCCCGCUGAUGACGGUGGACGAGCUGUCGUCGGUGGGAGAACCCGACUCUCUGUCCAUGGUGAUGUACCUGACUCAGUUCUACCAGCUGCUCAAAGACACGCCGCCCCCUGCUGGUUGUCUGACUCAGAGUUCUGACCUGAGAUCAGCUCUCAUCACGCCGGCCUCCCUCCUCAGCAGACUGGGACUGAGUCCGUCCAGAAAGAGGAACCCAAAGGAGCAGAAAGACGCUCGGGGUAAGAGGAGGAAGACCAGUCGAGCGUGCGGAGAGCAGCAGGAGCUGUGGGACCUGAACGGCGACGUUGACGGACAGCUGUGUGAUGAGGCGUUUGUGGGCGGGACCAGUCGCUCCAGAGUGCGUCUGAUGGCCAAUCAGCUGCAGGCGAAGCUGGACGAGAGCUCCCCUUCUUCUUCUUCUUCUUCUGCGUCUGCUGCUGCGUUACGUCGACAGCAGGGGGAGCUGCUGUCCAGCCUCCCUCCCUCCCAACAGUCUCCAGACUGUCAGCCACCCGCAGCCCCACCUGACAUGUCGUCAUGGAGACCGAGGAAACGAACCCUUCAGCAGGAACAGAUGAGUUUUCGGUUCCGAGAGAAGAUCCGAUCUCAGUCGGUGCUGAGCGGGGAGGAGCAGUGUCUGCAGAUGUACACUGGUGGAGUGACCUCAUUGGCCGAGCAGAUAACCAAUCGGAUUCAGAGUCAGGAGGACGUGAGUUCGUCCUCAGGCUGUUUCUUCUGUCAGAAGAGAGUCUAUCUGAUGGAGCGUUUGAGUGCUGAAGGCGUUUUCUUCCAUCGCAGCUGUUUCCAGUGUUUCCACUGCAGUAACACACUCAGACUGGCAGCGUACGCCUUCGACCAGCACAGCGGGAGGUUUUAUUGUCUUCAGCACUUCGACUCCCGCCUUAGCGCUCCGGCUGCGAGGAAGCGAGCGGCGCCGUCUGAGGGAGCGCCUUCACAGCGAACAUCAAUCGCGUCUCUGGUUCCACCUCCAUCAAUCUCCUCUGCAGACUCUGUGAUCUCUGCCGACCGCCGUCGGUCCUCAGUUGUUUCUGUGAUGGUGGGGACGCCGGAGAGGAUCGAGCUGGAAAACUACCGGCGGAGCUCGACGAAGGUGGAGGGGGAGCUGCUGGAGGAGCCCGAGGAGCCCGAGGAGGUCUCAGAGGAGAUACUGAACCGGUUCAACCUGAGCCUGGACGAGAAGAUGAACCACAGAUCCAGUUCAGAGUCGGAGAUGGAGGAAGAGGAGGAGGAGGAGGGAGGCGGUCGGCAUCACGUGACCUCAGAGGAGGCCAGAGCUCCAUGGAGGAAAACUCUACAGCUCCACCUGAGAGACGACCAGGAGGAGGAGGACGACGAUGAGGAGGACGAGGAAGAUGAGGAAGAGGGAGAGGUGGAAGAAGAGGAAGAGGAAGAGGAGGAAGGCAGUGAGGUGGAGUCCAGUGACGAGGGCGAGUACAGCCCCUGGGACAUGGAGCGGCACUCUGGCCUGUGGCUCCUGUUAGAGGAAGAAACAGAAGACGAGUUUCCUCUCCUCUCUCAGAGCGUCUCCUCAGCAGCAGGAAGUGACAUCACACACUGUGACACACCUGUUGGCUCCGCCUCCAGCCCGCUGCCCUGCGUCACCCCCCCCACUCCUGCGUCUGAGACUCUGCGCACCGCCAACACGCCCUCCACCGCCUCCUUCGUCACCACGCCUAGCUCCGACAGCGACCCGGCUCCGCCCACACAGCUUUCACCUGUUGUCGUCAUGGAAACGGCCGCUCAGAGACACGCCCCCCGUCAGCCUGUGGAAGGGCGGGGCUCGUUCGAUGACAUCAGCCCAGAACUGCCGCAGCAGAAGCCCCUCCCCUUACAGGGGAGAGGGGCGGAGCCAAAGGAGGAGGAGGAGGAAGAGGGGGCGAGGAGCAGGAGGAGACACAGAGGAGCACACAGCCUCCCCCCUCGCCUCCUCUUCCCCCCUAUGCAGGGUGGCCCCGGGGCUCUCCUCCUACAGCUGAAGGGGCUAAGAGAGGCUCCGCCCACCAGACAGGUGGAGGUGGAGGAGGGCGGGGCCAGAGCAAUGUGGAGGGCGGUGUUCUCUGGAAACAGGAAGGAGAAAAAGAAGAAGAAGAAGAAGUGGAGCCAGACUUUACCUCCAGGUGCAGAGAGGAAGGACGCAGCCAAUCAGAGGAGAGCUACAGAUGUGAGAAGAGGUCUGACAGAAGAGUCGGAUCUGGAGUCAUCAGUUCUGCUGCAGAGGUCUUCCCUGAGAUCCAGAAACAACCUGCGUUUGGAGCUGUUUGACCUCAUGUCUGAAAUUCAGAGGGUCACAAUAAAAGAGGAGGAGGAGAACCAGGAGCCUGCGUACGUCCCUCACGCUCUGGCGUUUAAACGAGCGUACGCCAUCAAGAGACGCUCUCUGAAGGACAAAGUCCCCAUCCAGGACUCUGACGGAUCGUCCUCGUGUCCCACCGAGGUGGUCGGGGUCCUGGUCCAGCCAAAGGAGCCGUCCAGUCUGAGCGUGAAGGAGACCAUGUUCGAGAGGGGACGAGAGGAAGAGGAAGCCCUGGACGCCAAAAUCACCAGACGAGUUCAGAGAGUAGCUCGAAGAAAGGCCAAACAGGAGCAGCUGAAGAGACUCCAUAAAGCCCAGAUGAUCCAGAGACAGCUGCAGCAGGUGGAGGAGAAGCAGAGACAGUUGGAGGAGAGAGGAGUGAUGGUGGAAAAAGCUCUGAGAGGAGAAGCAGAUUAUUGGGGAGACACGAACGACGACCACGAGCUCGAGCUUCACCUGGAAGGACUGGGUAAACUGGAUAAUCCGGCUCUGAUGCAGCAGUGGUUCCAGCUGGUCCAGCAGAAGAACUCUCUGAUUCGAUAUGAGUCUGAACUCAUGAUAUUUGCUCGAGAGUUGGAGCUGGAGGACCGACAGAGUCGCCUUCAGCAGGAGCUCAGAGAGCGGAUGGCUGUGGACGACCACCUGAAGGAGGAGUGGGAGCUGGUGGAGGAGCGUCUGAUCCUGGAGGAGAUGUUGGAGGUGGUGGAGCAGAGAAACUCGCUGGUGUCCCUGCUGGAGGAACAAAGACUGCAGGAGCGACAGGAGGACCAGGACCUGGAGGAGGUCAUGAUGACCCGAGGACUGGGACUCAGCUGGUCCUGAACCCGGAAGGAUCUCUGUAGGACCUGGACUAAGUCUGACUAUCAGUGAUCAAAGAUUGAUUGAUCGAAAACCAGGAGGACUCUUCCAAGAGCUGAUCUGAAGUGGAAAACCAAAACCAGGUCCAACCUGAGUUCUUCUUCCCACAUCCUCAUUCGACAGUCGGUGCUGGAGGCUUCGUGACCUGUGGAGCUAGCUCUUGCUAAAUGCUAACUAGCCACAAUAGCCCGUCAAGGUAUCUGGCUUCCAAACUGUGAGUAAGUAAGCCAGUUAGCUUGGUUGCUAAUCGGUCAAUAAGUUAGUAACGUUAAUAAUUAAUGUUAAUUAAUAAGCUACGAUAGCUUCCUCCAUUGUGGACUUCCUUCCUAAGCCCCGCCCCUUUCUGCUCUGUGCUCCAAUCACAGUUGAGCAAGCCUCGGCCAACUUCCUCCUUUCCUGUACUUAGAUAUGCUACGUGCUAGGCUAACCUAUGUUGAAAAGACAACCACAUUUUGAAGCUAAUGUUAGCAGAACACCAGCUAAUUAACUGUCAUCAGUUGUUAGCUUACAUCUGAACAACCUAAGCUAACUCGCUAUCGAACAUUUUCAGCUUAAUGUUUAAUGAAAGAAUGAAAGGUUCAGUAUUAAAUAGAGUUUCUGAGUUGAUGAUCAGAUCAUUCAUUAAAGUUAACAUUUAGAUUUUUGUGCCAACACCAUCAGCUGUUGAUCACCUGUUGGCCUUAUUUCACCUGAUCAAUAUGUUUAUUAAUCCUGUUGAUUCUGAUGGUUGUUAAUGUAACUUAACUGCUCUGAAAAACAAGUCUGACUUUAUACCUUCUUAUAUAAUAAACGAUUGACAUCUGA